AGAGAAACCAUUCUGUUAUCUAUCGUCAUGCAUUGCAUCGGUGCACGAAACGUGGGUCCACUGGAACAACACAAACACACAGCCUAGCCACAAACCUCACUCCCUCCUUCAUGCCGUCUGCUCAACGGGCACCGGCUCUCGACGAUCAAAGCGGCCCACUCUGCGCUUCGUGCCGGGUUUCUCCGCAGCAUCUGGUGGCGGUGGCGGGGGCCGUUGGGCCACCUCCAGCCCUAGCGAUGAAGCGAUCUGGUUGUACCGCUCGAUCAGCCCUGGCUCGCUCAGACGAGUGCCCUCCAGCUGGUUGCCUGCCAUGACACACCACAACACAACACAACACAACACAACCCAGACACACCUGUGCUGCCGUGUAUGGUGCCCCCCUUUCUCCCUGAACGACGUACCUAGUGUGAUCCAGUUCUUCCGCGUGUUGUGCAUCCGGCCGAAGAGCUCUAGCUUGAGGCAUUGCGGCGCCAUGCGUUCGAUGAUGCGGUAGACCUCGUCCGGCUUGCGUGAGGUCUCGCGGACCUCCGAGAGGAUGAUGUCGCAGUCGAUGUUGGUGUUGAGCCACGACGGAUUGCCCUUUAUGCCCACCAAACAGUGCUCCUGAACGAUACGCACACAGAGGGACGGUAGAUGUAUUGUCUGAUGUGGUUGUUGUGUCUUGGUGCCGGUGACUGACUGCCUGCCUGCCUGACCUUAGAGUGGUUGAGCCAGUGUCCCGUCCUGCCUGUCCUGAUGAUGCGCUGCAGCUGGUUGCAUUUGACCCACAAGACCUCCUCCACACGACGGUAUCCCCACAACUGAAUGAAACACGACACAUGAGGGAACGUAUGUUGGCUGUUUGAUGGAUUGACGCCGUGCCGCCUGUCUCCCUUGUGUGUGUAUGGACCUCCAUGCAGUCUCUGCCCAGCUCCAUGGCCCUCCCCGUCACCCACAGAAACAGCACGCCCUCACGCUGAAUCUGAUCCACCUGACGCCCACACAGACAGCCGACAUACACACAUGGUGGAGCCUGCAGGGCCCGGCCCCGUGUUUGUGUUGGUUACUUGACUUGGUUACCUACCCUCAUUUCCUUCAUUUCUUUGUCGGUCAUGGUGCCGUAUGGGAGGUCCAUGUGGAUGUCCCAUGGGGGGUCGGCCAUGAUGACCUUGAUCAAGUCGCCGAAGAUCGAAAAGUCAAACUUGCUGCACACACAACGACGCACCCACACGGCCACAACAAACAGACAGAGGUGCCUGUGGGUGGAGACAGAGGACUAUGCGUACCGAAUGUCACAUUUGAUCCACUGAGGCUCCCACUCCUCGAGCUUGACCUCACUGAUCGCACCGAUGUCCCACUUUGUCGCCCUAGACAGCCCACACGCAACCAACAGAGGAUACAAACAUCAAUCACAUCAAACAAUACGUGUGCACGUAUUGUGUGCACACAAGCGAAAAGGCAGGCAGGCAGCGCAGCGUGCGAACACCACCCAUGCCAUGCAGUGCAGGUGUGUAUCCUAUGCUCCCAUCCGUCCGUCCGUCAGGUCGGUCAACAGAGAGUGAUGCUUUAGUUAGUGUAUACGACGAGCCAGAGUCCCAUUGGCAGCCAGCACGUAUGUAUGUCUGUCGUCCCAUGGCCACCCCACCCCACCCACAGCCCUACUCUAGAGACGUACAUGGUCUGCGAGAGUAGCUUCUGCCGCUGCUCGGGUGCCAGGUCCUGGUCGAUCUCGUAGUGCACAUACUUGCAGGUGUUCAUGUGACGACACGAAUCCAAAUACGAACAGUCGCCCAGACUCACAUCUGAGACACAACACACACACGAGACAGACACAGGUGUGAGCGACCAAAGAGAGUCAGUCUUUUCCGUGUGUUGAUAUGCGUUUGGAUGACUUUCUUUGCGUACCGGUGUGUGGCAGUAUGAUCCGCCGGAAGUGGACCUUGUUGCAGGCGACGUGUGUCUUGUUGGCCCUGCAGCAGUCCUCUCUUGUGCCGUGGAAGCAGAACUGCAGCAGCUGAGACCCCUCCUUGUUCUGGAAGGUCUGCGCCUUGAGCGUCUGCUUGGCCGUGGGGGCCGCCAAUAGCUCACGCAACUCGUUGCCCGUGUCCUGGAUCUGCUUCACCUGCACACAUACACACAGACAGAUGGCAUGGAGGGGGUGGUCCAUGUGCACACGCCUUUGUGUGGUCAUGGUGAGCGUGUGUGUACUUGCCUUUGCUGAGGGCGCGUUGAGCAGCGCAUCGAGAUCCAUGGAAUCGUCCCUGUCGGGAGCUGCACCAGGGAUGGACGCCAAACCGUUGCCCUGAAACCGAGGCCGCUUCGCCAUGGCCACACCACCUGACAGACAAAAACAGCACGCACUCGUGUGUCAGUCAAAUCGUUCCAUCCAGUCCUCACUGACUUCCUGCAUCACUCGAGGCGCCCUUUGACACGGAUGGCGACCGCGAGGGCUCCCUCCUCUUGACGCCAAGAAGCCUCCCAUCCACCCUCUCUCCCUCCCGGCCCGACACAAACGCCUUGGCCACCCACUGACUCAUCCGCCGCCUGUCCACACGCUUGAGCACCACACUGCCCUCCACACUGUCCAUGUCCAGCACGCCCGACAGCUCACGCAGCCCUCCCCACUCGAGCAGCAGCCGCACAAUGUCGUCAUGCUUGAUGACCCGCUGCGCCGCCACGUCCUUGCGGUACUGCUGGCGGAUCUGGCGCAUCAGGCUGCUCGACUCGAUGGGCGGCGCGAACAGCCCAUCCACACACAGGUAGUGCGCCAGCACACGCUUCAGCUCCUCCAGCGACCUCGGAGGCUCCUUGACCAAACCAAUCGACACCUCUAGGAAGUCGCCGUCUUGCUCUGCGGCGGAUGGAGUGGCUGCCAGCUGGCGUGAGGCUGACUCCAGGACCUCAUCAGUGGGCGGUUGACGGCCGGGAGGAUGGAUGUCAUGCGAGAAGGGCUGCGGGGGAGGGGCGGGAGCAGGACGAGAUGGUCCUACUGGUGGUGCUGGUGGCGGCUGUGGCUGCGCGUUGACGGAUGCAGGCUGACUCUGCCGCUCCUGCUCCUGCUGUUGCUGCUGCUGACGCUUCUGAUACUUCUCCUUGAGUUUUGACAUCAUCUUCGGUCAACGACAAUAUAUGGGAACGUUGAUCACAAGCGUUCGACAAAUCACGUCACCCCCUUUUGC